GGCGGCCCCGCCGCGCUUCUCCUCCCUGCCGGGCCCCGAGCUGGCGCCGCCCUCCCAGACGCCUUCGCGCGCCGGCCCCAUGGCAGGACUGACCCUGUUCGUGGGCCGCUUGCCCGCCUCGGCCCGCGGCCCGCAGCUGGAGGACCUGUUCAGCCAGGUGGGCCCGGUCAAGCACUGCUUCGUCGUGACCCACAAAGGUAGCAAGACAUGUCGAGGCUUCGGCUACGUCACCUUCUCCAUGCUGGAGGAUGCCCAGCGGGCCCUCAAGGAAGUCACGACCUUCGAAGGCUGCAAGAUCAACGUGACUGUGGCCAAGAGGAAACAAAGGGACAAAAGAAAGAAAGAAAAGGAGGACUGUGCAGCGUCCCCAGAGGAAGGGACAAAGCCAGAGCUUAAGCCUAAAAAAGUGAAAGUGGCCGACAAGAAAGCCAGACUGAUCAUCCGGAACCUGAGUUUUAAGUGCUCAGAGGAUGACCUGAAGGCCUCAUUUGCACAGUUCGGAGCCGUCUUGGAGGUGAACAUCCCCAAGAAACCAGAUGGGAAGAUGCGGGGAUUUGCUUUUGUUCAGUUCAAGAAUCUUUUGGAAGCAGGGAAGGCUCUGAAAGGCAUGAACAUGAAAGAAAUCAAAGGGCGGACAGUGGCUGUGGACUGGGCAGUGGCCAAGGAUAAAUACAGCGCUACCCAGGCUGCCCAUGCUGCAGGCCAGGGGAGCAAGAACCCCCCACCUCCCAUACAGGAGGAAGCAGCAGAAGAGGUUGGCAUUCACGAGGACCAUGAGGAGGAGGAGGGAGAUGAUGAAGACGACGAGGAGGGAGAUGAUGACGAAGAUGAAGAUGAGGAAGAGGACCCAAAAUCCCAAACAACCAAGCCAAACGGAUCCCAGAGGAGGCCUGUGAAGAGAGCAGCAGCUGCCGGUGCAGAUAGCAGUGACGAAGAGGAGUCCGAGGAGGAGGGUGACUCGGAAGAGGAAGAUAGUGAGGAUGGAGAAUUGGAACAGGAAGAAACAGACUCAGAUGGAGAAGAUGAAGAUGUAGACAUUCCCAAAAAGAAGAAGAGGAAGCUAUCGUCGGACGUGAACGAGGGGAAAACUGUUUUCAUCAGGAACCUGUCCUUUGACUCGGAGGAGGAAGAUCUCGGGGAGCUGCUCGAGCAGUUUGGGGAACUGAAGUAUGUCCGUGUGGUUUUGCACCACGAUACCGAGCAUUCUAAAGGCUGUGCUUUCGCCCAGUUCUUGACUCAAGAAGCCACCCAGAAAUGCCUGGAAGCUGCCAGGGAGGAUGCGACGGAUGGAGGGCUGAAACUGGAUGGCCGGAGGCUCAAAGUGGACCUGGCGGUGAGCCGGGACGAUGCUGAAAAACUGCGCAGCAAGAAGGUGAAGAAACCGACGGGAACCCGGAACCUAUACCUGGCCAGAGAAGGCUUGAUCCGCGCUGGGACAAAAGCUGCUGAGGGUCUGAGUGCCACCGAUCUUGCCAAGAGAACGCGGUUUGAGGAGCUGAAGUACCAGAAACUAAAGGACCAGAACAUCUUUAUCUCCAGGACCAGGCUCUGCCUCCACAAUCUCCCGAAGGCGGUGGAUGACCAACAGCUCCGGAAGCUGCUGCUCAGGGCGGCUGGCGGGGGCCGGGCUGUGCGCAUCAAGGAGUGUCGGGUGAUGAGGGACCUGAAGGGCGCCACAGGGAAUCACAAGGCUCAGUCUCUCGGUUACGCCUUUGUAGAGUUCCAGGAGCACGAGCACGCACUGGCAGCCCUGCGCUACACCAACAACAACCCAGAAAUCUUUGGGCCCCAGAAGAGACCGAUAGUGGAGUUCUCCCUGGAAGAUAGCCGGAAACUGAAAGUGAAGGAGAUGCGGGCAGCACGCAACCUGCAAAAAAAGAAAUCCAAACCAGCAGCAGAUGCAUCCCUGAAGGAGCAGCGGAAUCCUGGGAAAGGCAAAUGGCAGAAGGCCCCUGGGAAACACACCAAGGGGCCCAAUACUCCGUCCCCCAACGCUCCCUCAUCAGGGCCCAAAGGAGCGGCACAAUCCACUUCCUGGGCAGGUUUUCAGACCAAGCCAGAGGUGGAGCAGGUGGAACUGCCAGAUGGGAAGAAGCGGAGAAAAGUUCUGAUGCGCCCCUCACACCGAGGGCCGAAAAUCAGGUUACGGGACAAAGGCAAGAUGAAACCCCUUCCUCCCAAAAACCCCCAGAAGAACCAGCGGCAGCAGGAAAAACAGAGGGCAAAGAAACAGAGAGCACUGCCCUCCCAGGUGCCGAGGAGAAAGGCCAAGGGUAACCAAUCAGAAGCCCGUUUCAACCAGCUGGUGGAGCAGUACAAGCAGAAAAUAUUAGGGAACCCAAAGGCGGCCCUGGGAAAGAAGAGCAAGUGGUUCGACAGCUAACUCCCCGAGCGGAGAGGAUUGUGCCCACCCAUUUUCAAGCUUCGUGUCCCGAUGCUCAGUGUAGAGACCUUUUGCAUCUUUCCCGUCGGGGGAAAAAAAUGACUGCGACGGGACCAUGUCGAAGGGGCCCCUUUGCCAAGCUUCCCUUCGCCUGCCACAUUGCCUUGAGUUGGGCAGUCCUGAACUUCAGCCCCGCUCGCUCGGUCUGGUCGGGCAGUCCCAGAGCAAAAGUCAGGAGGACUCCGAUGCUUCAUGUAUUAAUUAUCCCCAGGGCUAGUGGGGCUGUCAGUUGAGUCCGGUUUUAGUCUUGUUUCUUGAGUAGAAACCACUGUAAAAACUGUGCUUAGAGGCUGAUUUUUCAGAGGUGCACUUUGAUAAACAUCCUGUUUCAAGAAAAGCACCUUUGGCUUUUGUUUUAAAGACCACAGUAUCUCGCAUGCUCAUCUCA